CUUCGCUUCGCGUUACGUCGCUUUAUAUUUAAAACCGAAGAGGAGCACGCGAGGGAGGAUCUUUCUCUCACUCUCUCUCGCGUCACCGCGCAUUAUUAUUGUUCUCCGGAGAAGAGUCAGAUAACAGCGUCGAGAGAUAAAGGAACAAUCGGGAUCCCUUCCGCCAUCCAGUUAUCUGCCCCGGGGGCGAACAAGGACGUUGCGAGGGAGGAGAGACGGUGGUGAAGGAAAAAAAAUAGCGCCUUCUCUUCAUCAGAUAGCUCGCUUUCUCUCUCUCUUCAUAUUCCAAUUUUCCAAGCUCGACAUAUGUGGUACAGUGAUACAACGUGGUAGUUCCUCUAGACUAGGUUUCAAACAUGAUAGACGCGUCGAACGGCAAUGAAAAUUUCACCGUCUAUCCGUUUCUACUGAAGACCGGUUCUUAUCACCUCGCGAAAAGGCUCUUUUCCCUGAAGCAGAGACAAGUAACGGUGAUAAAAUCGAUCGUGCUAUUGAUGACGAUCGGCACCGUUGUAUUGUUAAUAACGACGAACCUAACGCGAACUUACAUGAUGGAGAGGAAGACAAACAUAGAAUCGACCGCAUCGCCGAGGUAUGCGGCGUCGGAAUACGCGUCCGAAAUAAUAAUACUACCGCGUGCAACGAUGUCGCAAAAUCAGAUGGAGGAUGUUAAAAGGGAGCUGGACAGCAGAAGACGACGAGUGGCCCGCGUGUGCAAAACAAUGGAAAGCCUGAAUAAGGAAUCGCGCUUGGAAGGCACGCUAACUAACAUGAUCAUCGACACGGAGCACAAGAUAUCGUGGUGCCCUAUAUAUAAAGCAGCAAGUUCCACGUGGAUGAUUUAUUUUGCCGCAUUGAGAGGUGCUCUGACGGACUUUACUAUGGAUUCAAUUCGACGCAACCUAAUACAAGUCAGCGAUAUUGUGAGACAGAAGUUUCGACUUGACGAGAAUUUUAAUAAGACCUACGAGAAGGUGAGCGAAACCAAGAAAUUCCUGAUUGUGCGACACCCGCUGGAGCGUCUCCUGUCCGCGUACAGGGACAAGUUGGAGCACAGGCGGGGCCGCGAAUAUUACUACAAACGCUUCGGACGGCGGAUCGUGCUCAAGUAUCGGCAAUCCGGCGAGAAUACGACGAGACUGGAGCCAACUUUCGCGGAAUUCCUGCGAUUCAUCGCCAAGGAGAGGCACUUCGACGAGCACUGGACGCCGUAUUAUCGCACCUGCGAGCCGUGCGCGCUCCGCUACGAUUACAUACUGAAGCUAGAAACCCUGGACCGGGAUCAAAGCUUCCUCGUGCAGGACGCAGGACUGCACGAUUAUCUCUACGAUGUGACUUCCGGAAACAUCAAUCCUCAGGGCGCGACUAACAGGGAAAUGCUCAACGAAUACGUUACCGGGAUACCUCGCUCGCUUCUCGACGAGAUUUACAAAAUCUACGAGAACGAUUUCAAAUUAUUCGACUACUCGUUUAUAUGAAACAUCCACCUGCUUCAUUUCAUAAAACAUUACGUGUUUCAUUUAUAUGAAUACAUCGCAUGUUUUAUUGCAUUUUUUAUACAGACAGCUUGUGAUUAUUUUAUAUGACAUAUAAGAAAUAUAGUAUUAAAUUUUCCCUCAAACAUGAUAUAAGAUAAUCUUUAUAAAUUAUUUCUUAAAUAU